AUGUCUGCCGCUCCCGCCGUCGCUGCGCCCGCCGAGGGUGCGCCCGCCCCCGCUCCGGCCUACAACCCGCCGGUUCCCGCCAACACGUCCUCCACGCCCUCGGCCUCGCUCUACGUCGGCGAGCUCGAUCCCACGGUCACUGAGGCCAUGCUCUUCGAGAUCUUCAACAUGAUCGGUCCCGUCGCCAGCAUCCGCGUCUGCCGUGACGCCGUGACGCGCCGCUCGCUCGGCUACGCCUACGUCAACUACCUCAACGCAGCGGACGGCGAGCGCGCCCUCGAGCAGCUCAACUACUCGCUCAUCAAGGGCCGCGCCUGCCGCAUCAUGUGGUCGCAGAGGGACCCCGCCCUCCGCAAGACCGGCCAGGGCAACAUCUUCAUCAAGAACCUCGACGAAGCGAUCGACAACAAGGCGCUCCACGACACGUUUGCCUCGUUCGGAAACGUGCUCUCCUGCAAGGUCGCCACCGACGAGCAGGGCCGCUCCCGCGGCUACGGUUACGUUCACUACGAGACGGCUGAGGCCGCCGACACCGCUAUCAAGGCCGUCAACGGUAUGCUGCUCAACGACAAGAAGGUCUACGUCGGCCACCACAUCUCGCGCAAGGAGCGCCAGUCGAAGAUUGAGGAGAUGCGCGCCCAGUUCACCAACUUAUACGUCAAGAACCUCGACCCGGCCGUCUCGCACGAGGAGCUUAUCAAGAUCUUCUCCGAGUUCGGUACCGUCACCUCGGCUGUCAUCCAGACCGACGAGGAGGGCAACAGCAAGGGCUUCGGCUUUGUCAACUACGAGCACCAUGACCAGGCUGCCAGGGCCGUCGACGAGCUCCACGACAAGGAGAUCAACGGCCGCAAGCUCUUCGUCUCGCGCGCGCAGAAGAAGGCCGAGCGCGAGGAGGAGCUCCGCAAGACCUACGAGGCGGCCAAGAUGGAGAAACUCAGCAAGUACCAGGGCGUCAACCUGUACAUUAAGAACCUGGAGGAUGACGUCGACGACGAGCGCCUCCGCGCAGAGUUCGAGCCCUUCGGUACCAUCACGUCCUGCAAAGUCAUGCGCGACGAGAAGGGCACCUCCAAGGGCUUCGGCUUCGUCUGCUUCUCGUCGCCCGACGAGGCUACCAAGGCCGUCGCCGAGAUGAACAACAAGAUGAUCGGCUCGAAGCCGCUCUAUGUCUCGCUCGCUCAGCGCCGCGAGGUCCGCCGCCAGCAGCUCGAGAGCCAGAUUGCCCAGCGCAACCAGAUCCGCAUGCAGCAGGCCGCUGCCGCCGGCAUGCCUGGUGGCUACGUCAACGGUCCCAUGUACUACCCGCCUGGUCCCGGCGGCUACCCUCCCCCUGGUGGCCGCGGCAUGAUGGGCUACGGUAUGCCCAUCCCCGCUCCUUACGGUCAGGGCCCGCCCCAGGGCUACGGAGGCAUGCCCGGCUACCCCCAGCGCGGUCCUCGUCCUGGUCCCCGCGACGGUCCCGCCGGCCAGCCCGGUGCGCCGCGUCCGGCUGGCCCGCCCACUGGCGCUGCGCGCCCUCCCAACGGUCCCGGUGGCCCUCCCCGUGGCGGUGCUCCCCCUCGUGGUGCCGCGCCCCCGCAGGCUGGCCGUCCCGCUCCCCCGCGCGGCGCCCCUGUGCCCGGCGGUGCUCCUCAGGCUGGUGUCGCCACUAACGUUGACCUCAGCGCGCUCAACGGCGUGCCUCAGGCCGAGCAGAAGCAGGUCCUCGGCGAGAUGCUCUACGUCAAGAUCGCACCUGACCAGCCUGACCUCGCUGGCAAGAUCACGGGCAUGCUGCUCGAGAUGGACAACCAGGAGCUCAUCAACUUGCUCGAGAGCCAGGAGGCGCUCGACGGCAAGGUCAACGAGGCCAUCGCCGUGCUCAACGAGUUCUCCAAGGCCGAGUAA